AUGACGCAUUCCGUUUCUCAGACUAGCUUGUACCUAUUUAAGCCCGAUCCGGCGAUCAUCAGCACCUUGGAACUGCUGUAUUUUGAUUCACAGACGCUCGAGCAGAAAAGCAAGGACAAGGAGCCGUUGAGGAUCUCGCAGCCCCAUCAAAAGCAGGAGACUGGGAAACCCGAGGACGAUUUCGAGAGAUUCAACCGCAAGCGGUCAUCGGCCGGCUUGAGCACCGUCAGCGAAGAGCAGUUCGAGGACAUGAUGGACCAACUGAGUAUAUCCGGCUCGGAAAGCGAAUCUGAGGACGAAGACUCCAAUGUAAGCUAUUUGAAUACCCAGUCUCCAUUUAUUCUAUUCAGCAGUCCUCUGUUGGAUGCUGGGCUAUGUUUUGGAGCUUACAAGUCUGUACUAAAUGCCCAGAACGAAGAUCCGCUGGAAAAUCUUCGAAAGUUGGGAACUCUGGGCAAAGGCAAGAGUGCAUUAUUCAUGAUUGGUGGUGGUCACUUUGCUGGAGCCAUUAUUUCCCACGAGCAGAUCCCUACCAAAGGAAACCAUGGAUCACCUGAGGAGCUUGCAUUACAAAGUGUCCGUGUGCUGCAUCACAAAACAUUUCAUCGAUACACAACUAGACGGAAGCAGGGAGGAUCUCAAAAUGCAAGCGACAAUGCUAAGGGAAAGGCCAAAAGUGCCGGAUCUACUUUGAGAAGAUACAACGAACAGGCGUUGCAGCAAGAUGUUCGGGAUCUGCUUCUACAAUGGAAAUCUGAAUUGGCUGAAUGCGAAUAUAUUUUUAUAAGAGCUAGUGGACCGGCUUCGCACAAGACGAUGAUCGGGUUCGCCGACUCCCCGUUGGUUGGCUCCGAUCCACGGAUUCGCUACUUCCCGUUUGUUACCAAAAGACCAACAUCUGCAGAGUUGAAACGUGCUUGGCUUGAGUUGAGUCAUUUGAAAAUUCUUGAUCUCCCCAAAACACGAAAAGACGAGCUUGAAAAGGAGCACAAACAACAAGAAGCUUUGGCAAGAAGCAAAAUCCAAAAACAGACCGUGGUGAAAAAAGAGUCGGCCGAAGUUGGACUUUCAAGGGAAUUGGUUAGUCUGCUGAAGCGGUCCAAAGCUCCUGCCCUGAUUGCCUUUUUGAAGAAGAAUAAUGUGGAUGUCAAUAUGCAUUUGCAACCAGAUACAGAGUUUGGUAAUACUCCAACAAUGUUGCACUAUGCUGCUGCGAAUAAAUUAAGUCAUAUGUGUCAGGUGCUCAUGGUGAACCUGAAGGCAGAUGCCAGUUUGCAGAAUAAGAAUGGCCGUACCGCUUUUGAACUGGCUCCGCUGCAGACAAAAUAUACCUUUCAGGUUGCACGGCAAAUACUCGGGGAGGAUUAUUGCAAUUGGACGAAAACCCAUAUCAAGGAACCAAUGACCAGAGAGCAGGUCGACGAUCUGCUAAACAAGCAGAAACAGGAAGACCAAGAAUCAUCUCAAAAGCUUAUCCAAGAGCAGCUUGAGCUGUCCAAACAAGAAACCGAGCAAGAGCACACUCGAAAGUUUGGGCGCGGCAGCAUUUUAGGUAAUACCGAGCAGCAGAACUUGAGUACGCUGACGCCAGAACAGCGGAUGAAGGUGAUGAGAGAACAGCGCGCGCGCGCGGCAGAGGCACGGUUAGCUAACAAGUAG